CAGAGAUUAUACCACAGGAUCAGCUGGAACAUGAAGAUGGGAAAGUGUGGUAUGUACCACAUCAUGGUGUCUAUCACCCUCAUAAGAAAACGCUGCGUGUGGUCUAUGAUUGUGCCUCAACUUUUGCUGGAACCUCACUGAAUAAUGAGCUUUUACAAGGACCCGAUUUGACAAACACUUUGCUAGGCGUGCUCAUUCGCUUUCGUCAAGGUCCAAUUGCUCUCAUGACAGACAUUAAAGGCAUGUUCCAUCAAGUCAGAGUGGCGGAGGAAAACAUUAAUUAUCUUCGUUUCCUCUGGUGGCCUGAUGGCGAUAUCACCAAAGAACUCGCCGAGCACAGAAUGUUAGUUCACAUCUUCGGAGCAGUGUCCUCCCCCAGCUGCGCCACUUAUGCUCUGUUAAAAACGGCUGAUGACAACCAACAUCUCUACCCAGAAGAGGUAAUCAAUACAAUCAAGAAUAAUUUCUAUGUUGAUGAUUGCCUUAAGUCUGUGUAUUCCGUAAGGCAGGCGAUAUCUCUCUACCAACAGCUUACUGAGGUAUGUGCUAAAGGAGGCUUCAGACUGGACAAGUGGGUCUGCAACCAUCGUUCUGUACUUUCUGAGAUCCCUGAAGAAAACAGAGCUAAAUGUGUAAAGACACUGGACCUCUGCCGGGACCAGCUCCCUAUGGAAAGAGCUUUGGGAGUACAGUGGGAUGUUGAACGGGACGUCUUCACCUUCAGCAUUAUGGACAAACAUAAGCCGCUGACAAGACGGGGAAUUCUGUCGGCUGUUAGUUCUAUUUAUGAUCCCAUGGGCUUCUUAGCUCCAGUAAUUCUCACUGCAAAACAAAUUCUUCAACACCUGUGCAAGAAGAAGAUGGGAUGGGAUGAGACAGUUUCAGUGGAUACAGCACAAGCUUGGCAAAGAUGGGUGGAUGAUUUAGUUCUGCUGAACACAUUUAAUAUUAGUAGAUGUUUCACACCCAAAGAUUUUGGUGAGGUCACUAUGGCACAGCUGCAUCAUUUUUGUGAUGCCAGUGAGGUUGGAUUUGGUGCUGUUUCAUACCUUAGACUGCUGAAUAGCAAGCAAGAAGUGUGUGUUUCCUUUGUUAUUGGCAAAGCAAGAGUGGCACCGCUUAAACAAGUCACCAUACCCCGGUUGGAGCUUACAGCUGCAGUUUUAGCUGUGCGCUUAGAUAAGAUGCUGUCAACUCAUCUAGAGUUAAAUCUGAGUGAUUCAGUCUUCUGGUCAGACAGUAUGACUGUACUGAAGUACAUUGGAAAUACAACAGCACGUUUUAAAACCUAUGUGGCCAAUAGAGUGUCCUUUAUUAGAGCCCAAUCCAGUGUCACUCAGUGGAGACACAUUAACUCCAAACUGAAUCCUGCUGAUGCAGCCUCUCGAGGCAUAAAAGUAAGCUCUUUCCUCAAAUUUCCAACAUGGAUCAAAGGCCCUGAUUUUCUAACAAAACCUCAAUGUCAGUGGCCUGCUGUUUUGGAUGAAACAUCUGUCCAUCAAGAUGCUGAUUCAGAAGGGAGGGAUGAAAUCUUUUCAUGCGCAGCUGUAUUAAAGCAGGAGAUGUGUCCCACCACUAAGCUGCUGAUGUACUUUUCCAGUUGGACAAAGCUCAGAAGAACUGUGGCAUGGAUCUUAAAAGUUAAAGAAAGGCUUCAUUUGAAAAUAAAGGAAAAACAGAACAUAAAGAAUGGAAAUCAAUCUGGUGUUAAACAAGAUAGCAAGUGGAAACUGCAACUCACAGCUGAUGACCUAUCUAUGGCAGAGGAGGCUGUGGUAUGCUUUGAGCAAAGAAGAUUCUACAUGGAUGAAAUGACGGCCUUAAGCUCUGGUGCUGUUAAGAAGUCAAGCCAUCUGUAUAGGCUAGACCCAGUUGUUGUUGAUGGAGUGUUAAGAGUGGGUGGGAGAUUGAGCAAGUCAGCCUUAACAGAAGAAUCAAAACAUCCUGCAAUUUUGCCAAAAGCCAGCCAUAUUUCAAAACUCAUUCUUCAAUAUGUACAUGAAAAAGUUGGCCAUAGAGGAAGAAACCACAUGCUUUCCACCCUUCGUCGUCGUUACUGGAUCCCUCAUGCCAACUCAGCAUCUAGAAAGGUCAUUAGAGAGUGCUUGACAUGCCAACGACAACGACAAAAACCAGGUGAGCAAAAAAUGGCUGAUCUUCCUACUGACAGGAUUUCAGCUGAUCUUCCACCAUUCACACAUGUUGGUAUGGAUUACUUCGGACCAAUGGAAGUAAAGAGAGGCAGAAGCUUCGUGAAAAGGUACGGAGUUCUGUUCACUUGCCUUACUUGUCGUGCAAUCCACCUUGAGGUGGCGCAUUCCCUUGAUACAGAUUCCUGUAUAAAUGCAAUAAGAAGAUUCAUCUGCCGCAGAGGGCAAGUUAAGGAAAUUAGGUCAGACAAUGGAACAAACUUUGUCAGCUCAAAUCGCGAAUUAAAGCAAGCCAUCUCAGAACUGAAUCAUAGCAAAAUCCAAAACCGCUUGGCACAGGAUGGAAUUAGAUGGACCUUCAACCCUCCAUAUGGGGCCCAUCAUGGAGGCGUGUGGGAGCGCUUGAUCCAGGACGUGAAAAAGGUGUUAUCCUCAGUGGUAAAGCAACAGGUUUUGGAUGAUGAAGCAUUACAGACAAUUUUUUGUGAGGUGGAGGCGAUAUUGAAUGACCGUCCUAUCACUCCCUCUUCAGAUGAUCCUUAUGAUAUAGAAGCCUUAACCCCCAACCAUUUACUUCAACUAAAGGGAAAACCUAUCCUGCCGCCUGGUUUAUUCCAAAAAAAGGACUUGUAUGUUCGGCGUCGUUGGAGACAGGUCCAAUACAUCACGGAUCUAUUCUGGAAAAGGUGGGUGAGGGAAUACCUCCCCAUGUUGCAAGAGCGACAAAAAUGGAACAAUAUUUACAGAAACUUUGCUGUUGGAGAUGUUGUGCUCAUUUUGGAUGAAUCUGCACCCAGAAAUUCUUGGCCAAUAGGACGCAUCACUAAAGCCAUGGCGGAUUCUAAAGGAUUUGUUCGCCGUGUCCAUAUCAAGACCCAGACAAGUGAAUUGGAAAGGCCAAUCAACAAGAUCUGUUUACUGAUGGAGGCAACGUAAAGGCAACAGUGAAUGUCUGCCUUCAACUGAGUCAAGUUCUGGAACCUCUGACUCUGCAUACACUGAUUCUCAUUUACUGACAUGCUCUACAUCUCAUUGUGCCACAUACA